GUCUUAACACGCUGCAACCCGUAUUUCAAGUUGUCAUUUCCAUUUGUUGUUGUGUGAGAAGAGGUGCUUCAUAACUUCAACAUGGCAGGACGUGAUAAAGCCGCAAAUCAAUUAAUUGAGCAAAAAACUGAAUUGCAGAAAGACACAAGUCCGGCUACAACAGCGCAUGGUGUGCCACUUAUUGAAAAAGAUGCCGUAAUGACCGUUGGUCCAAGAGGACCAAUUCUCCUUCAAGAUGUUGCCUUUGUUGAAGAAAUCGCUCAUUUCGACCGUGAGAGAAUUCCAGAACGUGUUGUACACGCUAAAGGAGCUGGUGCUUUUGGUUACUUCGAAGUAACUCAUGAUAUUACAAAAUACACUGCUGCUCGAGUUUUUGAAAAGAUUGGUAAAAAGACACGUGUUGCCGUUCGUUUCUCAACUGUAGGAGGAGAAUCUGGUUCUGCUGAUACCGUAAGAGAUCCUCGCGGUUUUGCCGUAAAAUUCUAUUCUGACGAUGGAAUUUGGGAUUUAGUGGGAAAUAACACACCGAUCUUCUUUAUUAGAGAUCCAAUUCUUUUCCCCAGCUUUAUCCACACGCAAAAAAGAAAUCCAGCAACUCAUUUAAAGGAUCCUGAUAUGUUCUGGGAUUUUAUUACUUUAAGACCAGAAACAACACAUCAAGUUAUGUUUUUGUUCAGUGAUAGAGGUAUUCCUGAUGGUUAUAGGCACAUGAACGGUUAUGGAUCCCACACAUUUAAAUUGGUUAAUGCCGAAGGAAAACCUGUUUAUUGUAAAUUCCAUUACAAGACUGCACAAAAGAUUAAGAAUUUAGAUGUCAAGAAAGCUGAUGAAUACGCCGGUAUCGAUCCCGAUUAUGGCAUCAAAGAUUUAUACAAUGCAAUUGCUAAAGGAGAAUAUCCAAGCUGGAACUUCUCUAUUCAAGUUAUGACUUUGGAACAAGCUGAAAAAUGCAAAUUCAAUCCAUUCGAUUUAACUAAAAUCUGGCCACAUGGUGAAUAUCCUCUCAUCCCAGUCGGUAAAAUGGUUCUCGAUCGAAAUCCAGCUAACUAUUUCGCAGAAGUUGAACAAAUUGCAUUCAGUCCAGCUCAUAUGAUUCCUGGAAUUGAACCAUCUCCCGACAAGAUGUUGUUAGGACGUCUUUUCUCUUACGGUGACACUCAUAGACAUCGUCUUGGUACUAACUAUUUGCAAUUCCCGGUUAAUUGCCCAUUCAAAGUCCGUAAUUACCAAAGAGAUGGUCCUCAAUGCAUGAACAAUCAAGGCGGAGCUCCAAAUUACCAUCCCAACAGCUUUGCUGGCCCAGAAAAUUGCCCAAGAGCUAAAUUACUCUCGCCACCAAUCCCUGUUAGUGGUGAUGCUAAACGUUACGAUACUGGCGACGAAGAUAACUUCUCUCAACCAAGAGUUUUCUACCAGAAAACUUUGAACGAACAAGAAAGGGAACGAUUAGUCUCUAAUAUUGUUGGUAACUUAAAGAAUGCUGCCGAUUUUAUUCAAGAUCGUGCAGUUAAGAAUUUCAGCCAAGUUGACGCUACGUUUGGACAAAAAAUCGCCGAUGGACUUAAAGCUCAAAGACGUCCACAUGCUAAUUUGUAAAAAAUAUUUUAAUUUCUUAUAUUUUUAUAUGUUACGUUUGGGUGAAAUGUUUUUACACAAAUAAAGAAUAAUUCUUAAUAAAAA